ACUCAAAAUAGUCCCUGAAAGAUCACCCGAUCUUCAUUUUCGUCCCCGAAUAUUUUUUUUAAUCAAAUUAGUCCCCGAAAGAUUUAAUUUAAACCACGUUCGUCCUUCCAUUAGGUCAUUGACGUCGCUGUUAAAAACUGCUGACGUGGACUGUGACGUGGCUGCCCACCCCAAUCAAACGACGCCGUUUGGUCACUCCAGCGUGUCGCAAUGAAACGCUUGCGUUUUGAGGGGAUAGUGAAACGUUUUUCACUGUGUCUUUGGUCUCUAACCUCAGUUGUUCUUCUUCAUACUAAGCUUGAGUCUCUGUUUCUCUACCCCCUAAGCAAGCAACAGGAAGACGAAGAAGACUGCCCCAUUGAACGCAACCGUUGGAGUAGGCGUGGAGCAUUGUUGGUGCGUCUACUCUGGAGCCUGGUGGGAAACCUGAAGGCAAGAACAGAGCGUUGUUUCUGCGUUCGAAGUAAGAGGGUUUGGAGGCCUUGCACUUCUAAGAUGGAGGGUCCUCCGAUAACGUUCAUUUUUCAUCAUGGUGGAAGCUUUAAAAAUGAUGAGAAAGGAAGUAGAAUCUACGAACCAGAUAAUACGGAAGUGUUAGUGGGGGUGGAUGGGGAUACGUUGGAUGUGUUUUUUGUUAAAGGAUACUAUAAAUAACUGGGAUAUGCUGGGGGGGUUUAUGUUGGUAGAAGGUUCCUUGGCUGUCGCUUGAGAAAGGGCUGAGGAAGUUGGAGACUGAUAAAGACUUGCUGAAACUGUGUAAGACCUGUAGGAGGAAUCACAAUGUGAUGAACACAUACUUUGAACAUGGAGUUUCAGAGCCACACGUGGUGGAAUGCAUGAGUGAGGAAGAUGAUGUCAUUCUGGCAACCAAUGCACCCUUGUUGAAGCUGCCCAGCACACAGCCUGCAAUGCAAGCAAGGAAAAUUGCAUCCCAGUCCACAAUGAGCCACUCACAAAGGGAGUCAACAAAGCCUCUGCAUCCCACUCCCAAAAAUAAAGCCAAAGCCACUCCCAACUCUGCUGGACCCAAUCCUCACCACAAGAACAUGGAAUAUGGUAAGCCCAAGACAAGGUCUUCCCAGCAAGCAGAGAAGCCCAAGGAAAAACCCAAUUCUGAGCCCAGUGAAAAGCCCACUAAGAAGCCCAUUUCUGCCCCCACCAAAAAGUGUAGUUCUCAGCCCACUCCAAAGCCUAAACCCCAGCCCAAGUUCCAACCAAGAAGCUUCUCCCAACCUGCAAAUCCUAGCACAGCUGUUAAGUCAGGAAGUAGGCACCAACCUCCAAAGAAGUCAAAUUAUAAAAACAAGAACAACCCAACUCAGCAUUGCACUAGAUCUGGGAGAACUGUUAAGCCACCCCCUAUUCAGGAUGAUAGUGACUCUCAUGAGUCAUAUGAGAGUGCUGAGGACAGUCUAUAUAAACCCACCAAAGGAUUGGGAGAUGCCAGUGACACUGACAGUGGGGGUGAAGAGUUUGAAAGUAGAGGUAUACGAAAGAAUGAUUUUAGAGAGAAGCACAGACCAGCUUCUUCUAGAAGGGAAGAGAAGGUUAUUGACACAGAUGACUCUAGCUACGAAGACAUUGAAGAGGAUGACCCAUCAGAUUCAGGUAACUGAUGGUUUAUAAUGCGACUUAUAUUAAUCAUGUUUUUUUUAUCAGACAUAUUAAUUUGAUAACUGGCCUGUGUGUUGUGAUUGGAUUGACAGACUCUGGAGAGGAUUCUGGAAUUGAGACUGAAUCCGACUGUGACUCCUGGCACUCAGAAGAUAUGGAUAAGGUCCUGGACUCUGAUGAGGAGGAGCCUACUGUUUAUCCACCAUACAAUGAAAAGGCAAAAUUUGGAAAUCUGAAGCUUGAGGUUAGCAUGAUCUUUAAGUCCAAACAACACUUCAUGAAUGCCACUAGAGAUUAUACAAUACAAUGGGGUAGGAAUAUCAAUUUCAUUAAAAAUGAUAAUGUGAGAGUGAGGGCUGUAUGUAAAAUAGAGGGAUGUCCAUGGGUUGUUUAUUGUGCAUGUAAUAAGCAGAAUGGGGUAUGGCAGAUUAAGACACUAGUUGAUGAACAUAGCUGUCCUAGAAAGAGAAAGAACAGAGCUGCAACACAAGAGUGGACAUUGGGUAAGCUGGUUCCUAAGCUUAGAAAGCACCCAACUAUGAAGCAUAGAGAGGUAUACGACUGGUUUGUCAGGAAGUGCAACGUUAAGCUUAAUAGGACCUGCAUUACUAGGGCCUUAAAGGCAGCAAGGAAAGUAGUGGAAGGGGAUGAAGUUGAACAAUACGGACUGAUCUGGGAUUAUGCUAACCAACUCUGGACCACCAACCCAGGUUCAACAGUUCAGGUUGGAGUCAUUCCCAUGCCUGAGAGUCCUCCACAAUUUCAAAGGUUCUAUGUAUGUCUGGAGGCGUGUAAGAAAGGAUUCAAGGCUGGGUGUAGACCGUUAAUUGGCCUGGAUGGAGCCUUUUGGAAGAGCUUGCAUGGAGGGCAGCUGCUGACUGCUUGUGGCCAGGACGCUAACAAUCACGUUUUUGUGAUAGCCUAUGCAUUUGUGGAUGUUGAGAACAGAGAUAACUGGCACUGGUUUCUUGAGAUAUUACAGAAUGAUAUCGGUGACUACAGGGAAAAUAGUUGGGCCUUCAUUUCGGAUAUGCAGAAGUGGGGCAGUAUACAAUUGAAGGAGCUGGUGUGGGAAUGUGCUAGGUCUAGAACUGUUAGUGAGUUUGAAAGAAACAUGAAGAGGGUGAAGGUGUUGAAUGAACGAGCAUGGGCUUAUCUGGAUAAGUGGCCGAAAGAAUCAUGGACGAAAUCUCAUUUUCGUGAAGGGCCUAAAAUGGACACUAUAUGUAACAAUGCCUGUGAAUCAUUUAAUGCAAGGACCAAACAUGAUAGGGGUAAGCCUAUCCUUACACUGACAGAGGAGGUUAGGAGGAUCAUAAUGAAAUCCAUGAUUGACAAUAGGGAGAAACUGGCUAACUACCAAGGUCUUCUGCCUCCAGUGCAACAGAGCAGGCUUGAGGCAAUGACAAAGCUUUCUCAGCAUUGGAGCCCACAAUGGAGUGGUGAUCAGAAUGAGGAGUUAUACGAGGUUCACGGCUGGCCAACGACAAUGGUUGUUGACUUAGGAAAUCGAACUUGCACAUGCAGAUUCUGGCAAUUGACAGGUAUAUAUUCUCACCCUAUAUUAAGAUUCUGA